UUGGACUGUCCCUUUAAUGAGUCACAAAAUCUUUAUAGCAAACAAUGGAGUGAGAGGAUGUGUUUUUGAGGAAGUUACUUCGCUUUAGUGGGAAGGCCUUGGUAUGUCACCUGUCUGGUAGUGACGAGCAGCCAUACAGACAACUUACUUCCUUCUCAUCAGAGUGAAAAGAUGCUCUCACAAGCUCCUUAGCACAAGCAAAAGAGACGGGCUGCAGGGGGUUUAUUUAAUUUUUUGGAUUCUGUGACACUCCGAAGAGGCAAAAUGAGGGACAAGCUGGAGAGACUCCAGACCAUCAGUGAGGAACAGGAGGACUAUGAGCCAGAGUUAACUGGACCUGAAUACAGUAUAGAUAACGAGAAUCUGACUCAAGAGGCUAUCAUUUAUGAUGACUCUACGGUCAUGGACGAACUCCUGAAGGCCUCACACUCCAUAAGAAAGGAUAUAAACAUGCUUAGCUUGGAGGUUACGCGUCUGAGGGUUCACAAUGAACACUAUAAAACAUCUGUAAGACGCUUCACUCUUCUGAAAAGGGACUCUGAUUCAAUCGCAAGAGGAAUCAAGCAGCAAGCAGAGGCUGUGCAUGUCCGCAUACAGAACUUUGGUAAAGAGCGCAGUAGACUGGAGGAGAACGAAGGUCCAAACUCUGCUGUUAGUCGCAUCGCCCGCACCCAGUAUGACACUCUCAUCUGUGCGUUCCGAGCUGUCAUGGAUGAAUAUAAUAACACAGAGGAAAAUCAGAGAGAAAUAUGCAGGAGGAGGAUCCAGAGGCAGGCUUCCAUAAUGGGGAAAGAAAUCACAGAGGACAACCUGGAUGACUUGAUAGACAAAGGUGGUGAGGGCUGGACCGAGCUGUCCCAGAGCCUUACGAAGGAUGGUAUUCGUUCAUGCCGUAUGGGCCUGUGUGAAAUCAAAGGGAGACACAAGGAGCUGAUGGAGCUGGAGUCCAGAUUGAAGGAGCUCCAUGAACUGUUCCUGGAUAUAGCCAUGCUUGUAGAAGAACAGGGUUCGCUGGUUGAUAAUAUCCAAGCGAAUGUGUGCAACACAAGAGAAUACAUCGAGGAUGGAACCUCUAAACUUAAAAGGGCUAUAUCCUUCAAGAAGAAGAACCCUUGUUUGCAAUGUUGUCCAUGGCUUCCCUGCUGGAAACAAAACAAAUCUUUGUAGAGAUUUGUUAAGAUAGUGUGCAUUUUACUCAACAAUCAAAAUAAUAAAUACAUUUUAUUCUGCAUGAAAUAGGAUAAGACUGUAGGAAGUAUAGCUUACAAUAAUUUUCAUUUGCAAGAACUGCAGUCUUACAUAGAUGCCGACCAAUUAAUUGUGUUAGAAUGACUCCGAUAUAUGAAGCUUGGUAUUUUGAAGGUUUUUUCUGCUUAUUUAAAUAUUGAUAUAAAGUAAAAUUUCUUAGUGUUAUGAUUACAUGAACUGACCAGUGUACCAGUUGUUUGUCACCAGACCAGUUCAGAUAUUAAAGAAAGUGUUUCAGUCUAAAACAGUUCUAAGAUGUUUGCUGAUUUGAAAUAAAUGCCUGCUGCAGUGACUGAGCCACAGUUUGUUUCCAUGACCACUGACUUGAAUCAUGUGGGAAAGCGGUUCACAUGAGAAAUUGGCAAGAAUUGAAGUCACGAGAAAUAGUGAGGCUUGAAAGAGUUUAGAAAUGACACAAGACAGUGAAUUAAAGGCACAUGAGCGUCCGCGUGCCAUUCUAAGCUGAAUAUGGUUGAUUUUAUUAAACAUAUCAACAGCUGGUAUUAAUUUUUGAAAAAGUACAUUUCACCCUUUUAGAUUUAAGGCUGUAACAAUGAAGUAAAGAUUGCAUUAAGCAGUUAUUAAAAUAAUCGUCAUCUAACUUAGUAACUGAUAGAAAAAUGCUGUCCGAGCAGCAAUCAAACCAAAAUUACACAACAUAUAUAUGUACAUUGUUUUGGUCAGUAAAUAUGGUCCAUUUUUUUUAAAUAUCAAAUGCCUAAGCUUUAGCUUCUCCU